AAAGAAUAUAAUAAUUUUGUUACCAAAAAUAAUAUCUCCAUUAUUAUUAUUAGUAUUUUUAAUUCAUAGAUUUUAAUUACCUGUUAUUUAUGUAAGAAUUAUUGAUUAUACUUUUGAAUUUAAAAACAUGGAUAUUCAAUUUGGACCUAAUUCUGUAGAUGAACCGAAUCUGCUCUACAAGUUACAUCGUAAAAUACAAGUCUUUCACACCAACGACCCGCUUUCCAACCCUGGCUAUAAUUUUGUGACAAGUAGUAGUAAAUAUGGUAUAGUUUUUGUUGCUUCACCUGAUUCAACUUUAUCAGUAUAUCAAAUUACUCAACUAAUCGACAAAGAGAACUCGCCCCAACACUUCUCGGUAAACCUAGCAGAGAAACCAUCUCAUAUUGCUGUCAGCUGUGAUCAAGAGUUAUUAGCAGUUACUGGUGGGCAACAAUUAAACAUUUAUAAAGUUAUUGACUUUCAAAAUCAGAAUGUGUCAGUGGCAGCAUCAAUUAGAUGUGAUGUCAACCCAAGCACAUGUGUAAGUGCACUACAAUGGAACCCGUGUAUCCCAGAUUCCAUUGCUUUAGCAUUUUAUGAUGGCACACUGCUGGGUGUACAGGUUUCUACAGGACAAAUUAACAAAGUGCAAUCAAACGCAAGAUGCAUAUGUUGGAGUCCUAAAGGAAAACAACUGGUCACUGGCAACAGUGAUGGUGCUCUUUGUCAGUACAAACCUAAUCUCACACCAGCCAAGAUGGUCCCAGCCCCAAAUUUAUUUGAUGGAGCACCAGUCGAAGCUCUGGCUAUUUACUGGAUAGCCACAUAUCAAUUUGCCGUUGUUUAUAAAAAUGCUGUUCAAAACAAUCGGCCAGCUGUGACUAUAAUUAAUACACCAAAGGGUGGCCAACCGUCAUGUCUCAAUUAUGAAGAUAUUUGCUAUAGUAUGGGAUCAAAUAGACCUUGGUUCUACUUCUUACAAGGAUUACCACAAUGGAAUAUUAUUUUAUCUUCCUCAUCAAAUAGUAUGGAAUUAGCAACAUUAGGGUCUGCAGAUGGUGUUAAUUGGCAGCAAUGGUGUCAGUCAGACGAAGCCAGGCCAGAACUACCUCUGACGGAUAAAAAGAUUGAAAACUAUCCAGUUGGAAUAUGCAUUGAUACUUGUGCUAUACAUCAAUUGCCAUGGGGAGAGAAUGAAGUCUUACCACACAUGCCACUGUUAUUUGUGGUCUCGCAAACUGGUUUGCUAACAAUAUUCAACAUUAUCAAUUUGAACAGACAAGCGGUUCAGUUAUGUACACCGCCUCAAGGUCUCGUGUUGCCCGCUACAGCAAUGACCGCGUCUAUACCUGGUGAAGCGCCUCAAGUUCAACCCCCGCCAGUGGUACCAACCCCAGUACCAGUAGCACAACCACCUCCACUACAAGUAGCGGUAGCCCAGCCCAUAGUCGUACCAACUCCGAUGCCGCCACAUUCUACUAGUUUGUUUGGAUCUACCAGUACUGCGAAAACUGCCACUUUACAAACACUACAAGUAACCCAAAUCAGUUCUACAGGGCCUAAUCCACAAAUUAUCGACCAAAAACCAGUCGACAUCAAACCAGCACCGCCAAUUUUACCUCAAACACAAGCACCGGUGCAACACACACCCGCACCAUCGGAACCACAGCCGUCAGCUAAGGCGCAAGAAGCCAGCGCAGCAUUAAAAGCAGAACAAGAGCAGGCAAAUAAAAUUAAAGCAAAUCAAGAACUGAAGAAUAUGCUCGUCAGAGAAGUCAAUGAGUUCCAAAUGGAGUUAUAUAAGUUUAUGCUGAAAACGAGAGAAACUCAAGCAAAGUUGCAAUGUGAUAUACAGUCUAUCAACUCUAACUUCAAUCUACAAUCAAUGGACACUGAGCAGCUAAAAAAAGAAUGUUCUUUAGAUGAACUACGAUCUGCCAUUGUACAACUUAAAUUAGAAUUAGUGAAGGCAUGUGCCGUAGUAGCAGAGGCCCGUACUCAUGCUGAAUCAAAAGACUCUCACGAGUGGACACAAGCUGACCCUUUAACUACAAAGCGCGUGGCAUCAGUAAAAAAAUUAGCUUACUAUGUGCAGAAUCAAGUGGAACAAGCACACAAAGCGCUUGACUACAAAUGGAGUGAAGUGUUGUCAAAGGAUUUAAAAUCGAAUAAGCCUGGACAAUACAUGAUACGCCCAAUAUUGGAUGACGUAUAUCAACCUUUGGUGAAGCAACAAGAGAUACUGUGUCGCCAACAAGCUAUGCUAAGGACGCUGAGAAACACACUGAAGGAGUGUGAAGUAACGCCAGUGUUCAAGUCCACAUCCUUAUUGAGGAGUACCCCGUUUAGAAAUAAAGAUCCUUUAUCGAAACUAACUAAGAACAUCUUAAACAUGAGUAUUGAACCGCAAACAUCAAAAUCCAAAGACUCAAUAUUUAGUGCGCAAAAACUCGACGCAUUGAGAGACAUGUUGUCAAAUCAUAAAACUGUAAAGAUAAAACCAGUGAGUGUGGAUAUGAGACAACAGUUGGCGGCAAUGAGGAUCAGUUAUGAAAAGAGUGCAAAAGAGAAAUUAAAUCAACCCCAGCUUCAAGUUGCAAAUUCGGAACCUGCCUUGCAACAAACAUUUUCUCCACCCAUUAUAGCACCAACCGCUAAUAUUGUGAAAACUGAGAAGACAUCGGAGCCAGAUAUCAUAAAGCAGGCACCUAUAACUAUACCAUCAUUUACGCCCGUAAACAACUUCAGGCCAAGUGUACCAGCUCCUGCGCAGUCUAAUGUAGCUAGAACCUUAUUUACUGAUGAACCGAAAUUAGAAACAUCAAAACCUCAAGCUCAACUUCCGCCAUUACAAAUACAACCUCAACCAAUUCUAAAGCCAAAGCAACAAACCUUUACAUUUGCUACUCCUACAGGCACUUCGGCAAAUACGCGCAGUGCACUAAAAGAUUUAUUACAAAGCAAAUCUCAAGCAAAUGUGGACACCAAGAAUGAUGGCAAUACAUUUAUGGGACAGAAAAUAUGUUCACCUACUGCAUUUACACCAUCUACUGGAUAUUCGCAUAGUAGUUCUCCAUCUCAAAUGACAUCGGCGCCAUCUGCUGUGUUCACAGCUAAACCGAUAUCAGAUAUAAGUAACAUGUUCAGUAAAUUCCAACCACAAACAUUCAUGCCAGAAUUAAAACCUCAAAUUUUCAAACCAAGUUCAUCUGAAACAGGGGAACCAGAAGUAAUGCCCAAAUUAGAAGUUAAAAAAGAAGACAAACUCACAAAUUUAUUUGGUUUAAAAUCAACUACUCCUUUGACACAACAAAUUACAGCAGAGAAAGCAAUUGAAAACGUGUCACCGACACAAAACACUACAGUAAAAAGUGACAAUGGACUUAAACCAUUAGGAACCCAAGCUAUAAAUAAAACGUCAAUCUUCGAUGUACAGCCAACUGUGAUAAGCACUAGUCCAGUGGUAUCUACAGGCCAGACUUUAAAACCAGAAGGUAAAAUUGAAAAUAAAACAGACAUUCCUAAAUCAAUUGGAAAUACUGAAUCAAUAAAUCUAACUGCUACUACAGGCGCCUCAUCCCUAUUUUCUUCAGCUAACGCCACAACACCUACUAUGUCAAAACCGCAACCGAUAUUUCCAACAUCUAUGUCUAAAUUAGGGUCUCCAGACUCUACUCUAGCCGUGACUUCUACGUCAGAUAUCAGUCCUAUUACAUCAUCAACUGAUAAAUCCACAACUUCAGCAUCUUCUAUAUUUAGCGCAGCGGUAGCUUCGCAAUCACCAUUUUCAACGCCUAAAACACCUACAACACAAUCUACGUCAAUUUUUAGUACUUCUCUCACACCGACUAGUGUAUUUUCGGCUACAAACACAGCGUCAAUUUUUGGUUCUGUAACAACUACUACUGCCAGUUCUGCUACUACACAAUCAGCUUUUACUUCUACUACCAUUGCUGCAGAUAAACCAUCAGUAGCUGCCCCAUCUUCCGUAUUUGGAGCAACAACAACGCAAACUGCUCUUGAAUCACCUUCAUCGGUAUUUGCACCAACGACUACUAUUCAAUCUUCAAUAUUUUCAACAUCAACAACCUCUGUUUUUGCAUCUCAACCUUCUAGUCCAACAUCUGUUUUUGGAACAUCUACUACAAAAGUAUUUGAUACAAUUACCACAACAUCAGCUUCUCUAUUUAGCAAUACCCCUGCAACUACAACUCAAGCAUCUGUCUUUGGAAAUUCAGCGGCCAAUAGUUCUGCCGGAUUUAGUUCUACUUCACCAUCGUCAAUAUUUAGUGCAGUUUCUACGCAAUCUACUGCAUUUGGUAUACCAACUGCAACUACUCAGGCAUCUAUAUUUAGUAGCCCAAUUCAAACAAGUCAGACCUCAUUAUUUGGAACUCAACAAACAACUCAAAGUUCUGUAUUCGGUACCCCUACGCAGACAACACAAGCAUCUGUAUUUGGAACCCCUACACAAACAACUCAAGCAUCUGUAUUUGGAACUCCUACACAAACCACUCAAGCUUCUAUAUUUGGAACCCCUACACAGACAACACAAACAUCUGUAUUUGGUACCCCUACACAAACAACACAGGCAUCUGUAUUUGGUACCCCUACACAAGCGACACAGGCAUCUGUAUUUGGGACCCCUACACAAACAACACAAGCAUCUGUAUUCGGAGGUACUCCAACUACUACUGUAUCAGGCGGGUCGUUAUUUGGUGGCGCUGAAGCAAAUUUAUUUGCGUCAGCAAGUAUAUCAACAACAAUUGCUCCAUCACAGUCGAGCGGAGGAAAUAUAUUUGGAGGGGGAACUGGAUCUGUUUUUGCUGGUGGAAAUACAAACAUAUUUGGUGCCAAACCAGCACUCAAUCAGAGCAACACAUCAACGGCAUCAUCUAUUUUCGGAGGAAGUGCCGCAUUCGGGCAAAAGGCGUCCACUAAUAACUUCUGGUCUGGAGGGAAUACAAGUGGAGGUGGAGGCUUUGGAUCUGGUUUCGGUCAGCAAGCUACAACUCAAGCAUCAUCGAUAUUCGGAGGUAGUCCAGGAGGCAACUUCAGUGCGGCAAGCGCUGGACAACCAUUCGGCAGUCCACAACAGAACGCAAAUUUCGGAGAAAGCAAACCUUCCGCCUUUGGAUCCCCACAACAGCAAUCAGCAUCAGCUUUUGGCGGUUCAUCUGUCUUUGGAUCUAAACCUGUAUUUGGACAGACAACUGCUUCCCCUGCGGGCGGCGGCGGGUUUGGCUCUUUCGCUGGAUUUAAUAAGAGCCCGGGUGGCGGCGGCUUUGGUGCCCCCGCUUCUUUCGGAGGAGGCUCGGGUUUUGGCGGACCAGCCUUUGGAGGUUCUUCACCGGGUAAAGUCUUUGGUGGCUCAUCUCCUAGUCCUGGUUUCGGCUCCCCUACUCAAUCAAAUGCGACAUUUGAAAGCUUAGCCACUCAGAAUACCCUCACAUUUGGCAACCUAGCUCAACAAUCACCACCACAGCCACAACAGCAACCUACAUUCAAUACAUCUCCAUCAUUCACUGGUUGGCGUGGCUGAUGACAGUUUUGGAAGGAUAGGUCAAUGAAGACGAAAUAUGAUCACUAACAGGAUAUUGUGAAUGAUUAUGUGUUGAAUAAACAAUUUGAAAAGUGAAUCACGUGGUGUUAUGCAUAUUUAUGAUUAAAAACUAAUGUAUUACAUACUAUGUCAAAUACUAAACAUUAAUUACCUUAUAUAAUAGAUAUUAAAUACCAUAUACAACAAUUACCUACAAUGUUCUAAAAUAAAGAAAGUUACAAAUCGAUAA